AUGAAGUCCAUCAAUUGCCUCAUCACUUCGGCCGUCCUACUUGGAGUCCCCGCCGUCUUGGCCAACAACCCCGUGCCAGGCAGCGCCUUCACCAACAACAACGGCUUGGCCGCCGCCGAGGCUGCCGCUCCAAUGUGGUACAUGGCCUCCGGAACGUGCAUGCCAUCCGCUGCCGAGGACGGCUGGGGCCACCAAACCAACGGCGUUGAUGCUGACCUUUGCAACAUCGGGAAGCUGUCUAGUGGCUGUCCCGCCCAGCCUCGCUGGCAAGGCAUCAACACCUUUUAUGGCAAUGUACCGGGUGAGCCCUUUGGAACCAUCCCUACCUACUGGGCCGUCAAGAAUUGCGGCAACAACUGGAAGAUCAUCUAUUAUGUGUACUUCAAGAAGGACACGGGUCACAAGAGCGACUGGGAGGGCAUUGUCGUUAGCUUCAGAAACAACGGCGGUGACUCCUGGGUGCGCGACACUGUCAAGAUGGAGCAGGACGGCAAUCAUAAGCAGAUUGGAUGGGGCGACAUCAACGACACCUUUGAUGGUUUUGGCGACUGGCAAAACUUCCAGCAAAAGAACCGCGACCAUGGCAAGUUCUACUUUGGCAAGUGGCAUCACUCUGUCCAUCAGGACUGGCACACAAACACCUUCAAAGACACAUGCCCGCCCAACUCGGUAAGCGACUUCCGCAACGCCGAUUACCAGUUCUGGGCCAGGAACAACCUCCGACAUGUGUCCAACUUGAAUCCCGGCUGGAACUGGGGCAAAGCGACUUCACCUGCGACGAUUGAUAUCUGCAGCUACUAG